GCUCUGGCCUCGGAGCCAGCCCUCCUGCUGCCAGAGAACAAACGGGAUAUUCAGCCGUGGCCUGCGGCUGCCAGAGCGGCUCCUCGGGGGAAAUUAAGCGUCGAGUCAGCCCGCAUCGUAAUCGCCUUUAAAAGCGCCCCGCCCGCUGCGGCGCACACCCGGCUACCUGGCCGCCCUGUGUGCGGGAGCGGAGUGCGCGCGCGAGCCCUGUUGGUGCCAGUGUGAGCCGGGUGGGCUGGGGUGCGUGCCGGCGGCGCGCCGCGAGGGUGUGAGCCCCGAGCGUCUACACCCGCCAUGAGGAGCGCGAGCGCCUGGACCUGUUUUUACAUGUGGCGGCAUUUUUACUGGAGAGUCUGGAUUUAUUGGCAGCGAAGGUUUUCCUGGAGUGUACCCUCCAAAUAGCAAAUGCACUUGGAAAAUCACAGUUCCUGAGGGAAAAGUGGUUGUUCUUAAUUUCCGGUUCAUAGACCUGGAGAGUGACAACCUGUGCCGCUAUGACUUUGUGGACGUGUAUAACGGUCACCCCAACGGCCAGCGCAUUGGGCGCUUCUGUGGCACUUUCCGGCCUGGAGCCCUUGUGUCCAGUGGCAACAAGAUGAUGGUGCAGAUGAUUUCUGAUGCCAACACAGCUGGCAACGGCUUCAUGGCCAUGUUCUCUGCUGCCGAACCAAACCAAAGAGGGGAUCAGUACUGUGGAGGACGCCUCGAAAGACCUUCCGGCUCUUUUAAAACUCCCAAUUGGCCAGACCGGGAUUACCCUGCAGGAGUCACUUGCGUGUGGCACAUUGUAGCCCCAAAGAAUCAGCUUAUAGAACUGCAGUUUGAGAAGUUCGAUGUCGAGCGAGAUAACUAUUGCCGGUACGAUUACGUGGCCGUCUUUAACGGCGGCGAAGUCAACGAUGCUAACAGAGUCGGAAAGUAUUGCGGUGAUAGUCCCCCUGCGCCAAUUGUAUCUGCAAAAAAUGAGCUUCUUAUUCAGUUUUUAUCAGACUUAAGUUUAACCGCGGAUGGAUUUAUUGGUCACUACAAAUUCAGGCCAAAAAAACUGCCUACGACUACAGCGUUACCUGUUACCACCACGUUCCCUGUAACUACAGGUAUAAAACCCACCGUGGCCCUGUGUCAGCAAAAGUGUAGACGGACGGGGACUCUGGAGAGCAAUUACUGUUCGAGUAACUUUGUGUUAGCCGGCACUGUUAUAACCACCACUGUGCGAGGUGGGAGUUUGCAUGCCACGGUCUCAGUCAUCAACAUCUAUAAAGAGGGAAAUCUGGCCAUCCAGCAGGCCGGCAAGAACAUGAGUGCCAAGAUCAUCGUGGUCUGCAAGCAGUGCCCUCUCCUCCGAAGAGGUCUAAAUUACAUUAUUAUGGGCCAGGUGGGUGAAGAUGGGCGAGGCAAAAUCAUGCCAAACAGCUUUAUCAUGAUGUUCAAGACCAAGAAUCAGAAGCUCCUAAAUGCCUUAAAAAACAAGCAAUGUUAAUGGUGAACUGUGUUCGUUGAAGCUGCAUUCUGUUAUUGCCUUUGAAAGAUCUAUUUUCCUUCAGUAGAAAAAGAAACAUAAAAUUAAAUACUGAGCAUUCUGAAAAAUGGACUAAUGUACUCUUCACAUGAUGUGGGUGUGAGACCUUCAGUAUCAGUGAGAAGUUCCGUGCCUGGGCUGAAUGGAGCAGAUAUCCAAUUGAAAACCUGCCGACUUAGUGUGGUGAUUGGAAACUAAGGGUAUCAAGAGUUGACAACUUGGAAGCGAUUUAUUUAUACAACUCUGUAAGAGGAUAUUUUAAGAAUUGAGUUGUGUGAUGAUAUAAAGGAUUUUAUAAGUGCAAUAUUUAUAGUUGUAUUUGGUUUACCUUCAAACAUUUGCUCUGAGGUGUUAGACUCUUCUCUUGCAUUUUUAGAAGCAAUACUUAAUAAAAUAUUUUU